AUGAAGAGUCUCCUGCUCGCCCUGGGCUUGGCCCUCGUGUGUGGCGCCCAGGCUGUCCACAUUCCCAAUAAGGUGGAGGGUCUGGACAUAAGAGAGGUGGCGGGGACGUGGCACUCCGUGGCCAUGGCGGCCAGUGACAUCUCCCUCCUGGACGCCGAGAGUGGCCCCCUGAGAGUGAACGUGGAGGAACUGAGGCCCACCCCCCAGGGCGACCUGGAGAUCAUCCUGCAGAAAUGGGAAAACCAAAAGUGUGUUGAGAAGACCAUCCUGGCUCAGAAGACCGAGGACCCUGCUGUAUUCAAGGUCGACUCCCCGGCUGAGAAUAAGAUCUUCGUGCUGGACACCAACUACACAAACUACCUGCUCUUCUGCGUGGAAAACACGGCCGACCCCGAGCACAGCCUGGCCUGCCAGUGCCUGGCCAGGACCCCGCAAGUGGACGACGGGGUCAUGGAGAAAUUCAACAGCGCCAUCAAGCCCCUGCCCAUGCACAUCCGGCUCUCCUUCAGCCCCACCCAGCUGGAAGGGCCGGGGGCCAAGGUGGAGGCCCCAGAAGCGGGCACCGGUGACAGACACUCCACCUGA